AUGGAAUAUGUACUUAAAAAAAGAAAAAGGAUGAAGAAUAAGGUAGUAGCAUCACAAUAAGAAUCAGAAUCGGAAGAGAUACCUAAUAUAGUUGAACAAUUAUCUAAAAAGAAGAAGAAGAAACGAAAGUUUAGAUUAAAAUGA